UAACGGUUUCCGACCUCCCGCCCCUUAAACGGCGUUAAGAUGCAAUGAUGCAGCCCGCAGUGGCCACGACGGGAUGAGUAAGACCGUAGACGCGAGGUUGCGAUAUCGAGCGGGCACAUGCAUGAUGCUCAACCCCUCCUCUCCCCAGCCAAAUUUAAUAUAUCAGGCUUCGCGGUGCACCCAGGUUCCCAGCGUCCUCACCCAUUUCCUUUCCAUUCAACAGCAGGGCUUGUCUCAUCAUUGGCCUACUUCACAACUCCACCUGAUCCCGGCUAACAGUACUUUAUUGUCUCCGACAUGGCGGUCCUCAACACCGGCAUGGACAUACCAUCACUGGGGCUUCCCCAGUAUCUCGUGCUAGUCGUUGCCGUGACGAUCCUCCUUUCAGCCAGCUACAUCACCUACAAUCUGCUCUUCCACCCUCUCCGAUCCGUGCCGGGCCCCAAGCUCUGGGCCGCCACCCAGCUCCCCUACAUGGCGGGCCUGCUCUCGGGGCGCCUGCCCUUCAUCAUCCACGCCCUGCACGAGAAGUACGGCGACGUGGUCCGGGUGGGGCCCAACCGGCUGUCCUUCACCCACCCGGACGCGUGGCGCGACAUCCGGGGCCACCGCAAGCACGGCCAGGCGGAGCACGGCAAGGACCCGGCCUUCUACGACAUGUCGCGGCAGAACAUCCUCGGGGCCGGCCGGGAGGAGCACGCGCGCGUCCGGCGGAUCCUGUCUCACGGCUUCAGCGCCAAGAGCAUGCAGGACCAGCAGCCGCUGAUCAUGCGGUACGUGGAACUGCUGAUGCAGCGGUUGCGGGAGCGGACGACGACCACGGACCAGAAGACCGGGGAGAGCAGGAGGGAGGAAGGCGUCGUCAACAUGGUGUCGUGGUUCAACUUCACCACGUUUGACGUGAUCGGCGAUCUGGCGUUUGGCGAGCCGUUCGGGUGUCUGGAGACGUCCGACUACCACCCUUGGGUCGGCGCCAUCCUCGCGGGCAUCGAGCAGUUCGGCAUGUACCUGACGCUGCAGUGGUACCUGCCCGGCGGGAUCAAGACGCUGAAGAGGCUGUCGCCGUGGAAAUAUGUCGGCGCGCCGGUGGAGCAGCAGCAGGACCUGGCGCACCAGCGCAUCCAGAAGCGGCUGCGCGCGGGCACGAGCCGGCCCGAUUUUGUGGAAGCCAUGGCCACAGCCAAGUCGGAUGACGGCCGCAUGCUGACCGACGCCGAGAUGGCGUCCAAUGGGAGGUUGUUGGUCCUGGCGGGCAGCGAGACCACGGCGACGGCGCUGUCGGGCGUUGCGUAUUACUUGGCGACGCAUCAGGAUGUGCAGCGCAAGUUGGCCGACGAGGUGCGGUCGGGGUUUGCCGCCGAGGACGAGAUCGACCUGUUCAGCGCCAAUCGGCUGACGUACAUGCUGGCUGUGCUGGACGAGGCGAUGCGCAUGUUCCCGCCGGUGCCGAGCAUGCUGCCAAGAAUUUGCGAGCCUGGGGGUGCCAUGAUCUGCGGCUAUCAGGUGCCUGGCGGUACUGGUCUCGAUAUCUGGCCGUACGCCAUGAACCACUCGUCCAGGAACUUUACCGAGCCCGAAAAGUUCAUUCCCGAGCGCUGGCUGGAGGACGAAUAUCAGGGGUAUCACUUUGACAAGAGCCGACACGCCGCCCUGCAGCCGUUCUCGGUUGGGCCGCGUAACUGCAUUGGCAAGAACCUGGCCUAUGUCGAGAUGCGCUUGAUUCUGGCCAGACUGAUGUGGAACUACGACAUGGUGCUCGCGGACCGCGCUUCCGAGGAGUUCCCCAACUGCAAGACCUUCAGCCUGUGGCUCAAGGGUCCGCUGAAUGUUCGAUUGAUACCAGUGGCGCGGGCAUGAACCGGUAUCGAACGACGUGGACGGCGCGUCUUCACCAUGUUAGCCCUAGACGGUGCACGACAAGGUCCACUCAUCCGUUCCGACGUUCAACAAACGACAUGUCUAUACUAGUAUCUCUGCUCUACAGUUUUCCUCACCUUGUAUUUCACUUCCAGUAGCGCUAUGCAAAAUGCCGAGACUGUAUGCUAUGA